AUGAAAUUACCUACAAGAAGUCACACCAUACUAAACAACACAAGAGUUUUCUUUCGUUAUAUGUCGUCGUCAUUUCCUAAACCUACAAAAUCUAGAGCUACGGAGUUGGAGAGCAACUACAAUACCAUACUUGCAAAAGUUCACGCCUUGAAUCCAAACACAAAAUUAGUUGCAGUUUCAAAAUUCAAGCCUUCAUCCGAUAUAAUGGCAUUGUAUUCUAUUGGAGUACGACAUUUUGGCGAAAAUUAUGUCCAGGAACUAGUUGCCAAAUCAGAAGAGUUACCUAAAGAUAUAUGCUGGCAUUUCAUUGGUGGGUUGCAGCUGGGUAAAUGCAAAGAUCUCAGUAAUAAAGUUUCAAAUUUAUGGGCAGUUGAAACAGUGGACAGUUUGAAGAAAUGCAGACAAUUGAACAAUGCCAGAGAAAGAAAAGAAGGUGAUGUUAUCAAUGUGUACCUUCAAGUUAACACAUCAGGCGAGGAACAAAAAUCGGGUUUCUUACAAAUGUCGGAUUUAGAAGAGACAAUCGAGUACAUUCAAAGCGAUGAAUGUAAAAAGUUGAAACUUGUUGGGUUAAUGACAAUAGGUUCAAUCUCAGAAUCGAAAUCGGAUCAUGAAGAGAAUUAUGAUUUCAAAAAAUUAGUUGAAUGGAAGCACAAGUUGGAUGAAAAAUACAAUUUGGAUCUUGAAUUGAGUAUGGGUAUGAGUAGCGAUUUCGAGCAAGCUAUCAAACAAGGAAGUUCAAGUGUCAGAGUAGGGUCAUCUAUAUUCGGAGCUAGACCACCAAAAGUAGAGAACUAA